CAAACAAGUACUACAGAGCUCAGUGAGGAAGAAUGUGGUCCUGUCAAGAGGGUAUCAAAGAAAAAAAAUUACCCAGGGUUUAUUUUAGGUCUGUCCUUUCCAAAACCACCAAGGAUUCGAGAAAUGUCUAGCCAGGCAUUAGGAUCAGAAGAAAAUAAUUAUAAAUCCAGGUCCAGCAGUCCACUCCAUGACUGUCACUUUCUGCUCCAAAGUUCUCACUCUCCACGCCAGCGGCCCCACACUCCCAGCCACAGCACUUCACGCGAGAGGUCCCACACUCCAUGCCAGGUGCCCCACACUCCGACCCACAGCACCCCACGCAAGCAGUUCCACACUCCACGCCAGCGGUCCCACACGCCACACCACUUCACGCCACCGGUCCCGAUCUCCGACCCACAGCACCCCACGCAAGCAGUUCCACACUCCACGCCAGCGGUCCCACACGCCACGUCACACCACUUCACGCCACCGGUCCCGAUCUCCAACCCACAGCACCCCACGCCAGCAGUUUCACACUCCAAGCCAGCGGUCUCACACGCCAUGCCACAGCUCUUCACGCCCACGGGACAGCGCUCCACAUCAGCGCUCCCGCUCUCCUUAUGAGUGCUCCCAAAGACCAGGUUGGGGGAACCAGCACAGAGAGGGCGGAGAGCUAUUCCCAUUAGAUAAUGGAAAAUUCCAAAGGCGGGUCCUCUAUCUUCUGUCUGAUAUUCGGUCUAAGCUGUCAGAGGUGGGCCAAAACCGUGAGCCCCCAGAGUCUCAGUUCCACCUUGAGAAGAUGAACGCCAGGCGUGAGCUGAAAAAUCUGGAAGGGCAACUGGCCGAUGAAAAAAAGAGGAAUGUGAUGGUGUCUCGGUUAGUCAGGAUAGGAGGUGCAAACCUUGAGGACUGUGUAAAAAAUGUGAUGAAAAGAGUUCUUACAAACAGAUUGAUGGCAACAAUGAAUAUGGAUGGCUCAGGGGUGAAGAAGGCCUUUGGAAAAACACGGCUAUGCCGUGUUAUAAUAGGUGCUGUACAGCAGUCCAAACCUUCAGCGUCAGAGGCUGAAAUAAAAAAAUACAUGGGGAGCUGUCUCCGGUCGGCUCCCGAUAGAUGCGGGGGUAUGGGACGACAAAAGGGGACAUCUGCAAUUGAUGUGUGUUCAGAUUCUGAAUAAAUAGGCCUAUAACCUAUUGUUUAGCUACAUUGUUCAUUUUGUAAAAUUUUGUCUCGUGAUUGGUUGCAUUAAAUUAAUAUAUGUGAUCUUGAAAAACCCAUGUUC